AUGGAGCUACGCGCUGUUCCCAGCCUGGACAUGUCGGAGCUGCAGGGCGGCGGUGGCGCAGGUGGAGACGGCGGGGACGGUCCGUGCUCCGAGGAGGACAGUUACGAGAGUUUACCGCAACACGCUUCCUUCAGCACGCACCUGACGGCCGGAGCGGUGGCGGGAGUGCUCGAGCACACGGUCAUGUUCCCGGUGGAUUCCGUUAAGACACGCAUGCAGAGUUUGCAGCCAGACCCGAAGGCUCAGUACCGCAGUGUGUACGGGGCUCUGAAGCGCAUUGUCAGAACUGAGGGCCUCAUGCGACCCCUGAGGGGCCUUAACAUCACAGUGCUGGGUGCCGGCCCAGCCCACGCUCUUUACUUUGCUUGCUAUGAGCGUAUGAAGCGUAGCCUCAGUGACGUCAUUCAGAACGGCGGCAACAGCCACAUCGCCAACGGAGUGGCAGGAAGUGUAGCCACGGUGCUCCAUGAUGCAGUUAUGAACCCUGCUGAAGUGGUGAAGCAGCGCAUGCAGAUGUAUAACUCCCCCUACCGAGGCCUAUGCGACUGUGUAAUGACUGUGAGUCGGAACGAGGGCCUGGCUGCAUUUUACCGCAGCUACAGCACACAGCUCGCCAUGAACAUCCCAUUCCAAGCUCUGCACUUCAUGACCUACGAGGUCCUGCAGGAGCACCUCAACCCAGAUCGCCAGUACAGACCAGGUACGCACGUGGUAUCGGGAGCGGUAGCUGGCGCCGUAUCUGCUGCACUAACUACACCGCUCGACGUCUGCAAGACUCUUCUGAACACGCAGGAGAACGUGGCGCUGAACUCAGCCAGAGUCAGUGGGCACCUUUCAGGCAUGGCCAAUGCUUUUAGGACGGUCUACAGGCUGGGUGGCAUCCCCGCCUUCUUUAAGGGGGUCCAGGCUAGGAUUAUAUACCAGAUGCCCUCGACGGCCAUCGCGUGGUCCGUGUACGAGUCCUUUAAGUACUUCCUGACCCAGCAUGAGGACAGGAGGAAUCCUACAUGAUUUUAAGCUGUGGUGCUGGUGCCACCCACAGCCCAAUCUUCAGGACGAGAUUAGCACCAAACCUAGAGGAUGUCCACCAUAAGAGGCAUGGCAUAAGAGUUUUUCUGCCUUUUCUUUAAUACAUUUAAUGUUAAAUUGUAACGAUGGAGCAGAUAAAUGGGAAAGAUGCCAACCUGUGACAGAACGGUCUUGUCACAGAUGGUCUUGUCAUGAUGUUUUUGGUUCAGUUUGUACUGAAUGAUUUAUUUAUUUGAAGGAUUCAGUGCUGUUACAAGCAGGAAUUUAUAUCUAAGCAAAACGGCCGCAAAUAAACA